GUUGUGACAAGCCAGCAGCAACAUGUCUGCAAAGAGCAUGCAGCAGGCCAGCGGAGAGACUACCAUGAGCGUUGAUUGUCCUGUACAGGCUAGUCUCAAGAGGUCCAGCAGUGCUCCAAUGAUCAACGAAAUCAGUGCCACCAUGUCGAUAUCUUCCCCAACGACUCCUGCCCCACCAAGGGAUACUGUAGCUUCUUUUGGUGUUUUUUCAAGUUUACCACGAGUGAGGAGGUUCAGUACCAGUAGCCCAGGUGGUACAGUUGGAAUGGGCCCCCGGUUGACUCCUAGAGUAAAUCAACUGCGCCGGGAAGAAUGCAUCGAUGUAGUAGCGGGUCGAGAGGCGGCCCACGAAAAAGAAAUUCACAGUACCAUGCAAAUCUCCCAGUCCUGGGAGGAUUUGACCUUUGACACGGACAAUAUGUCUUUCAAAGACUCGUCUACCGAAUCGACACCAUCAAAUACGUUGCCAGCAACGGGUGCUAUGUCAUUGCCACUAAAGCCAGACAAGCAGUUCCAUCCCAAAAAGAUUUUCGAUCCUCUGAAUUUAAAUGUAUCGACUGGUGGAACGUCGUCAUGCUCCUCGCCUUCGCCCACGCGAUCUGGGUUCGGACAGAGACAGUGUUACUCGCCGAGUUUGCAUGCUGCAUGGAAAAAUGGGUCACUGUCUCCUAGCCCGACAAGAAAGGCGUUUGCCACAAGGCGGAGCUUGAGUCCUAUAUCAAUUCGUCCGAGUUGUCUAAGCGGAACCAGUAUAGCAAUGAAAAGAAAAUUCGAAUUCGACGAUUCCUCGGCAAUGGAUCGUCUUUUACAACCUCCUAUGAAAAGAACCUUUAACUUAUUGGUCAAUCCUUUUAGAGGAUUGGAAACUGGAUUUAGUCCGUUCUCGUCGAUAGCUACAAGCAGUACAGGCUCGGUCGGCACUCCCGAGUCUCUGUCGAGCGCGGACUCGCCAAAUUUUUCCAAUCCACUGGUUGAGGAGAACAGUCCUUCUUCGUCAAGUCGCACAUUGUUGCAGAGCGACGACGCGAGCAUGUCGGACAACAGCAACGAUCCGCAGCAAUUAAAAUUACCAAUUGAGGUGGACACGCAAUCUGCGAGCAAUAGCCAUGAGGAGAGUCCCUCCGAUGCUAGCGAUAACAGGUGAACGAGAUCUUUGGGUUGUUGUGCAAACGCACUACUCUGCUAUCUCCCAAAUGUUUUCACUUCUCUCUUUUAAAUUAAAAAAAUUUCAAGUUUCAAAGAAACGCGAGCUCAUGCGUCCUAGAAAUACCACAUGAUCGCUGAAAAAGCGUCGUGUCACGCAAGGACAGGCACAUUUAACAUUAAAAAAAAAAAUCUCCUAGUCGACUAAACGCUAUUGCAUGUUAAGCAUUACGUUUUGUCACGUGUGUUAGUUGUUACGUAAAACAAAGCAAAUAGAGUCAGGGCUGCUGAUGUAAUCUAAAUACUUUUGAGUAGUCCUGCACCAUUGUUUUUUUUUUUUUCUUUUUUUUUCUUCAUCAAGGAAAAAAAUUGAAUUUCAAAAAAUCCCUACUGUUCCACUAACUGGUAAUGAAACAAAAUAAAAUAAUUCGAAUAUGCAUGUACAGUAUGUAAAUUUUUUUUUAGUUUUUAAUUUCGCUUAAAAAAUAUAUGAUUGCGCUUCGCUUUUUUUGACCGCAAUAACAUCAGCAUUAAUUUAAAUGAACAGCAAAAGAUGACGAAUUUAUAAAGUUUAUUUUUCUUAAACAUAAGCUUUUACUACCAUCUUGAAGUUUAAUCAUGAUAGUAAUUAAGUAAGAAUUUAAGUAAUUUGUAUACUGUUAAAUAAUUUAUUCUAUAUAUACAUUAACAUUUGAGCAUGCACGAAAUUCGUAAUAACUUUGUUCUUAGCUAUUGAAAACAAGAAAUCAAAUAAUUGUGUUGUGUGCUAAGUAACACGAAUGAUGAAACCAUCAGUAAUUAAAUUUUUUCCAAAUUUUGUUGUUUGGUAUGCUAUUAUUUUCGACUGCAAUCAACAAAUACAAGUUUUUAUUUCUCCUUCAAGUUGAAAAAUUAUUCCAAAUAUUCAAGAAUUGCGAGUUGUAUAUUUUACCAAUGUAUUUCUUUUUUUUGGUCCAUACAAUUUAUUAUGAUGUAAGCAUAAAUUUUAAAAAAUAAUAAACAAUAAAAACACAUUGCAUUACAGGUUGUAACUAAAUUGAUGUGAAACCGAUUUCUGUGAAAAUCUUGUACAACUUAAUGUGUGUAUGACGCAUAAGUUUUUUAAUGUUUACUUCCUUUGAAUUUAAACCCAACAGAUAUUUUAGUGUUACUAAUAUUUUUUAUCAUUCAUUAUAAUCUGUGAUACUUAUUGAAAAUUUCUUCCCAAAUGUCGAAUA